AUGUUUGGCCACAUUUUGAGGAGGCGAAGCUACAAGCCUUUGAAUUUCCCGACGUCGUCAGCUAGAAGUUACUCCACGGCAGAAACGAAAAGCUUGGGAACCGAACUAAAAGCUUCCUUCAAAAACUCGUCGGUUCAGUUGCUCUUGGUGCUGGUCUUGGGAUCCACUGUUCUGAAUAUCAUGAAGGAAAAGAAUUUCCAAGAGGAUGUACUGAGAGGUUUGGAGUGGCAGAAGAAGUCCCUGAGAGAACUAAAGGAAGAACUGGCUUCUUCUGAGGCUGGACCAGACGAUGUAAGGGAGCAACUCCGUAAGGUUAACGACAGAGCAGAGGUGUUGGGAUUAAAGGGCAGCUAUUUCGAAGGUAUUGAUUACUCGGUCAAGACGGAAGACACCGGGAAAUCGGCUGCAAAGGGCCAAAGAUUAGCUGUUUCUACGCAAGAUUCGGUGAAGGCUCCUGUGAAAUUUUUGUGA